GGAACGUCCACCCUUCCACAGCCACCCGCUGGCUUGUGAGAUCCCGGGGCGGCGACCAAGCCGUCCCGGCGCAGCGAUUGCUCGGAGCACACUCUGCUCGAUAUCUGCAAGCAUCAGCGCAAGUCCUCAUUGCCCAAGCACAGUCCUUUUCAAAGAACAUCAUCCCGUGUGGCUGGACGAUCGGCGAAACCGCACUCUUGACAUCAACAACGACAGUCCCUUCCCUCGUUCGUCUUCGUCUCACCACCCACACUGCCGCUCGAACGACACCUCACCCGGUCAUGCAAACUGCUACCAUCGACCAGCUCUUUUCCUGCCCUGCCCACGGUACCGACCACGAUCUGUUCCUCUCAUACCAAGCCCAGACUGAUGCCGACACUGUCCGGGCUCUGAAGGAAGUGCUCACCCUGGUCGCCCUCCGUCGAUAUGGCAAACCCAUUUCCAUCUUCCACGAUGUCGACUGCCUCAACAAUCCCAACGACCCUCCAGCCAGCUCCAUCAGUGCCCUCCCCACCAGCAAGGCCGUCUUCCUGCUCCUCAGCAAGGCCUCGAUGGACAUGAUGAAGGACAAGGCCAAGAAUGGCCAAGAGGACAGCGUCCUGCUCGAAAUCAAGACCGCCCUCGACCUCAAGGAUGCCAAUCGUUCCCUCCCUGUCCUUCCCCUCGGAAUCGCCACCAAGGAGACCAAGGAUGGCGUCGAUGGCUUCACUCCCUUCCUGCCGUACAUGGUGUCCCUCCCCGACGACCCUGCCUUUACCUCGCUCAAGCAGACCCUCGGCAGAGUGAACCAGAUCCAGUCCUUUGGCUUCCGUCCCGACCAGAUGCACAAGCGAGUCUACCGCCUCCUCAACCUCGUCCAUCCCAUCCCACCCAACAUGGAUCUCAUUACGGCCAUCCAUGACAAAUACUUUUGCGACUCCAAGUUCCGAUUCGAUCCCGUCCACCUCGACACCCUGCUCAAGCAACUCACCCUGACUGGCCGUGCCGUCAUCUCUGGCAUGGGUGGCAUGGGCAAGUCCGUCCUCGCCAUCCAGAUCCUGUUCUUCAUGAUGGGCAUUAUGAAUGCGAGCAACAAGGACGACCUCCUCGCCAUCAAAGCCGAGACCAUCGGCAUCAAGCCGCAGUACCGCCAGGUCUUCUGGCUCAACUGCUCGACCGAGUCGACUGCCAUCGAUGGACUCAUCGAGAUGUUCCCUGGCAUCAAGCCCGACGAGAUCAAGGAGCAUGCCUCGAGGUUCCUCGCCAACACUCAUGGCUAUCUCCUGGUGCUCGACAAUGUCGAUGACAUCAACGUGGUCGACUCUGUGUUUGAGCACUCCAAGUCGGUCGGGUUCAGCGGCGAUGUGGUGAUGACGACUCGGCUGGCCUCACUGCCUCCUGGUGCAUUCACCAGUGCUCUUGAGACCAAGGCACCGAGCUUCCAGCACGAUCUGCUCCGUCUCGGCAACUGGGACGACUCCACCACACUCGACUAUAUCAUGUCGUCGUCGCCAAUGAUUGUCCAGCGACUUGUGUCGGACGAAGCCAAGAAGUCCCUCGACAGCAUCGUGGCCAAGAUCAGUGGAUAUCCACUCGUCAUCCAGACAUUCAUGACGUUUGCCGAGAACUAUGACACUCCCCUGUCGAUGCUCGAGGCCACGUUUGCAGGAGCAUUGGAGCUGCAGGAUGGCGAGGACGACACGCGGUCGUCGCUCAAGGUGAUUGUGGAUCUGUCGCUGGACUCGCUGAUGAAGCGAGGGAAUGAAGGUAUCGAGGCAGCCAGGCUGUUCGGGGCCCUCAGUCUGGUGGCGCCGACCAACAUCCAGUUCGAGUUGAUCAAGGCGAUCGUGCAGAAGAUGGAGCUCAAGACCGAUGUGGCCGAUCUGAUCAAGAUGAUGGUCCAGAGUGGCCUCCUCCGAAGUGGAGCCGAGGGACAGUACUCGACCCACUCGCUCACCCAGCAAGUGUCCCGAGAGUAUGUCCAGGCGCAUGAGAAACUGGAUGCCGAAAGAAUCGAAGAUGCAACUGGUGAAGUCCUCCUCGAGCUGACCAAACUCGAAGAUCUCAAGGCACAAUCAUUUGCGGAGCAUCUAGAUCAAUACGCUGAGAAGACAGUACCAGCGGUUUACACCAAGCAACUGCAUUUCCUGGUCGAGUUCCAGAUAGCAAGAUUGGCUCAAAAGAAGCCCUUCUACAUCAAGGCAACGGAGUCAUACAGGAGGAACUUGGAGCGAAGCAUAGUGUUCUACGGUACCCGCGAGCACCCCAAGGUUGCCGCCAUUCUCGAUAACAUGGGUCUCACGGAGGCUGACAAAGGCCACCUGAGCCAAGCACUCGCCUUCCACAACGAGUCGCUCGACAUCAGGGUCAAGAUCUAUGGAACUCGCGAGCACCCCGAUAUCGCCCAGACUAUCAGCAACAUUGGUGUUGUCGUUGAUGCGCAAGGGAAUCUGAAUGAAGCACUCCGAUACUUUCAAGAGGCUCUCGACAUCACCAUACGGGUAUUGGGCACCCGUGAGAGUAUUCUCGUCGCCACGAUUCUCAACAACAUGGGCAUGGUCUCUCGGCGCCUGGCACGCUUCGAUGACUCGAUUCGCUACCAUCAAGAAGCUCUCGACAUCAGAGUCAAGGUGCUGGGCACACGCCGAGACAAAGACGUGGCAACCAGCCUCCUCAAUAUGGGACUCGUGUCCAGAGAUCAAGGUCGCUUGGACGAGGCCCUUGCUCUGCUGCAAGAGUCCCUCGAUAUUCUGGAAGCUGUGCUGGGCACACGCGAGCAUCCGGAUGUCGCCAAGCUCCUUGGUGAUAUCGGCCUUGUACUGAACGACCAGGGCCACCUUGACGACGCGCUCCAGCUCUACCAAGAAGAGCUGGAUAUCACCAUCAAGAUCUUUGGCACUCGCGAGCAUCCCAAUGUCGCCAUGACCCUCAACAACAUCGGCGCCAUUUUCAGCGACCAAGGCUGCCCAGAGGAAGCCCUCAAGUACUACCAAGAGGAUCUCGACAUCACCACCAAAAUUCACGGCACCCGCCAACAUCCGGAUGUUGCGCGAACUCUCAACAAUAUGGGUUUGGCGGCGCGAGUCCUGGGAGAUUGGGACAGGGCCUUUGAGCUCUUCCAGGAAUCUCUCGAGAUAUACACCAAGGUCCUUGGCACCUACAACCACCCGGAUGUCGCCAUGGCCUUGAGUAACAUUGGGAUUGUAGCGGCACGACGGGGCGAUCUGAACGAAGCCUUGCAAUACUUCCAAAAGUCGCUCGACAUGGUAGUGGCGAUCUAUGGAACAAGAGUGCAUCCUGAUGUUGCCUCCACGAUCCACAACAUGGGCGGGGUGGCCUAUCAGCAGAUGGACUGCGAGAGAGCUCUUGAGCUCUACCACGAAGCUAUCGACAUCCUGACCAAGAUCCAUGGCACUCGGGAGCAUCCCAGAGUGGCCACCAUCAUCCUGGGCAUCGGCAGCGUCGCCGAAGUGCAAGGCGAUCUCCCUGCGGCCCUGGAAAACUUCCGCGAAGCCUAUACAAUCUUCAAGAAUGCGUAUGCCAGUGAAGACCACCCAUCAGUGGAGAUGGCCUGGCAAUGGAUGAAGAAUAUGGAGCAACGCAUUGAUACAGCCCAAGCCUAGUGUCGAUUGGCGAUCGAAGGGAUGACCGCCGGUUUCCGUUUUCUGCUCGUAGCUUGUUGUUGCACCCGCUCGCUUUGUCGGCUGCAGCAUAUCUGAGUGGAUGUUGCAAUCACUGUCGCAAUCUCGCCAUGCUCGAUUGCAUCCACAAUAUUAUCAGUCGAUCUGUGUCAUCGACAUACCGUGUCCUCUAGAUUCAAUAGUAUUUAUCACGUCCCUCUA